AGUAGGUGGGGAUAUACCUAUCAAAAACACAUUCAUUUCCUGAGUUAUUUAAAAAAAAUCGAGGUGUUUUACUAUUAAACUGGUUGACCUUUUUUUAAAAUGGUGCUUUUUGUUGUUUUUUUGUUGUUGUUUUUUUUCCCGAUGACAUUUUGGUCAUUUAGUUUUCCUCUUAAUUUGUUCUGAUUUCUCUUUACCUUAUGACAUCUGGCUCUUUAGACGAAUAAACAGGCCUAUACCAAAGCAUCAAGCAAACAAAUGUCUCCUGAUUUAUCUGCAAAAUAAAAUGUUUGUAAAUCCAAAUUUUCUCCUGUCGGUUUUUUCUCUCGUGUUUAAACUAUGAAACAGUUUUGUAACGUUGCAAUAAUAUGAAAGCAGAUAAAAGUAAAAUCUUGCUUCAAACCUAAUGUUAUUUAUUACCGAACUUUAGUUGUGAACGUCUGUUCUUGGUUGGUUGGGACGCUCUUUGUGCUUUUGUAACUUUGACAAUUGCAAUAAAGAUUAUUUAAAGACUACUGUGAGAAAGGGCGCCAUCUGGUGGUCAACCGCAGUACAACCACAACAAUCGAGCGGAACUUCCUGGUAGCGUCCCCGUUAAACAUGUCGCCUUUGCUUCAGUCUGUAACUUGUAACUGUGCUUCUGUUUGUUCGUGAAAAGUACAUUUGAUAAUAAGUUCAUGAAAUGUGUGUUUUUAAGCUGCAGAAACGACCAAAGACUCUAUUUUUAUUCUAUUUAACGGUGAUGUUGAACAGCUGUCGGUCCAGACGGAACUUCUGACAGACGUCCUCUGAUCAGAUUUCUCCCAUUCCUCCUCUUUCUGUUUCACUUUCAACCCCGACGAGCUGCGUGCUAAAGACGUUCCGGUGCUCUUUUCCACCAUGUUUGGCCUCCUGUUGGUUCUCUGUGUUCUCCUCCCUCCCUCACCUGGAGCUCAGAUCCCAAACCAAGGCCAACCCAAGCACCCCCCCAUAGCCACUAAUGGUGAGCGCUUCCCUUGGGACCAAAUGAGACUCCCCCAAACCAUCAGCCCCCUGCACUACGACCUGACCAUCCACCCGAACCUCACCACCCAGGACUUCACCGGUGUGGUCCGGAUCAGCCUGGAUGUCCACGAAGACACCAGCGCUGUGAUCCUCCACGCCAAGCAGAUGGAGAUAUCCAAUGUGCUUCUCCUGGCCCCUGAAGGCGCCAGGCCCCUGAAGGUGUUGGAGUAUCCUGGUUUCCAUCAGCUGGCUCUGAUGUCAGACUCUGUGCUGACCAAAGGCAGGAAGUACGAGGUCCAGCUGGAGUUUGCUGCCAACCUGUCGGACAGCUUUCACGGUUUUUACAAAAGCAGCUACCGCACCAGCAGUGGGGAGGUCCGGACUCUGGCGUCCACCCAGUUUGAGGCAACGUUCGCUCGAGGAGCCUUCCCCUGUUUUGAUGAGCCCGCCUUUAAAGCCAACUUCACCGUACAGAUUAUACGAGAGCCGCGCCACAUCGCCGUUUCCAACAUGCCUAAGGUUAAAACGGUUGUGCUGCCCGGUGAUCUGCUCGAGGAUCACUUUGACACGACUGUAAAAAUGAGCACGUACCUGGUGGCCUACAUCGUGUCCGACUUCCUGUCUGUGAGCCGGACCACGCAGCACGGCGUCAAGAUUUCCAUUUACGCCGUUCCAGAGAGGAUCAACCAGACCGCCUUUGCUCUGGAUGCUGCAGUCAAGUUGUUGGACUUCUAUGACGAUUAUUUUGACAUUCCCUACCCUCUUCCCAAACAGGACCUGGCAGCUAUUCCUGAUUUCCAGUCCGGUGCGAUGGAGAACUGGGGCCUGACCACCUACAGAGAGACCGGCCUCCUCUUUGACCCCGAUAAGUCCUCCGCCUCCGACAAGCUGUCCAUCACCAAGGUUAUCGCUCAUGAGCUCGCACACCAGUGGUUCGGAAACCUGGUGACGAUGGAGUGGUGGAACGACUUGUGGCUGAACGAGGGUUUUGCCAAGUUCAUGGAGUUUAUUUCCCUGGACAUCACCUACCCAGAGCUGCACGUGGACGACUUCUUCUUGAACAAAUGUUUUGAGGCUAUGGAGGUGGAUUCCCUUAGCUCCUCCCACCCGGUCUCCACCCCUGUAGAAAACCCCACACAGAUCCAGGAGAUGUUUGAUGACGUGUCGUAUGACAAGGGAGCGUGCAUUCUGAACAUGCUACGAGACUUCCUCACCCCGGAGGCGUUUGAGAUCGGCAUCAUCCGAUAUCUAAAGCGCUACAGCUACCAGAACACCGUGAACAGCCACCUGUGGGAGAGUCUGACGGAUCUCUGCAGCUCGGACGAUUUGGACGAAGGCCGAAUGAAACACUUUGAAUUCUGCUCCAGACGUAAACUUCAGUCAGGAACCUCGAAGUGGUACUCUGAUGACGAGCUGGAUGUCAGGGCCAUCAUGGACACCUGGACUCUGCAGGAGGGCUUCCCACUGGUUACUGUGGAGGUGAAAGGUCGGGAGGUUCGACUCUCUCAGGAGCGUUUCCUGAGGACAGAUGACCACUCCCUCACUGAAGGAUUCUUGUGGCAGAUUCCACUAACGUACAUGACCAGCGCCUCCAACACCAUCCACCGUUUCCUCCUCAAAACCAAGAGCGAUGUCCUGUACCUGCCAGAGGAGGUGGAGUGGGUGAAGUUCAACGUUAACAUGAGCGGUUACUACAUGGUCCACUAUGCAGGCGACGGCUGGAACUCCAUUAUCAAGCUGUUGCAGCACAACCACAAGGCUCUGUCUGGGAACGACCGAGCCAGUCUGAUCCAGAACGUCUUCCAGCUGGUCAGUGUUGGGAAGGUGAGCCUGGACACGGCCCUGGAGCUGUCUCUGUACCUGUCCAACGAGACCGAGAUCAUGGCUGUGACUCGGGGCUUUGGAGAGCUUGUUCCUCUCUACAAGCUGAUGGAAAAGAGAGACAUGACGGUGCUGGAGAAGCAGAUGAAAGGUUACAUCGUAGAGCUGUUCCGGGAUCUGAUCGAUCGGCAGCAGUGGAGCGACUCUGGUUCUGUCUCCGAGCGUGUUCUGAGGAGUUACCUGCUGCUGUUUGCCUGCUUCAUGAACUACGAACCCUGUGUGAGGAAAGCCAUCCAGCUCUUCAGCCAGUGGAAGGAGUCUGACGGCACCGUGAGCCUCCCUGUCGAUGUCUCAAUGGCUGUGUUUGUGAUCGGAGCUCGCACACCAGAGGGGUGGGACUUCCUGUUUGAGAAGUACCACAACUCGCUGCAGAUGUCGCUGAAGAGCCGCUAUAAAAGCGCCAUGGCUAUCAGCCCGCUGCAGGACAAACUCCAGUGGAUGAUGGAGCAAAGUCUCCACGGUGAGGUGAUGAAGACUCAGGACCUCCCAGACGUGGUUGUGUCCGUUGCCAAAAACCCUCGCGGCUACAAGCUGGCCUGGGACUUCCUCCGAGCCAGUUGGGUCACCCUGGUGAAGAAGUUUGACCUCGGCUCCAACGCCUUAUCCUACAUGGUGACUGGGGUGACCAACCAGUACUCCACCAGAGAGAUGCUUCAGGAGAUUCGAAGUUUCUUCGACUCGCUGACCGAGGAGACGGGAUCAAAGAUGAGGUGCAUCCAGCAGACCUACGAGACCAUCGAGGAUAACAUCCGCUGGACGGACACAAACCUUCCUCUGCUGCAGUCCUGGCUGAACAAACGCAGCCGCAGGGCAACUCACGAGGAUUUAUAAUCCCAGGAUGAGACCCUCACUUAUCUUUAAUCCAGCACUGGUUCUGAGCCGGCUCAGGUUUGAGCGUUUGGCUGAACUCCGACACAAAAUACAACUCCGGUCCUUCCGUGUUUAAAGAUGAAUUACAAGACCCAGUGAUGCAGAACUCUGCAUUUUCUGUCCACAACAAAAUAAUAUUAAUCAUAAUAAAUUCUCAGUAUUCGAGAAUUUAAUUAGGUUGUUCUUUGUGUGGGGUGCACUUAAUGAAAGGUCUUUAAUCAGUGGCCUAAAAGAUGUGGUGUCUGAAUUUUUCAGCUCGUUGGUAGGAGUGUGUGUGUGUGUGUGUGUGUGUGUGUGUGUGUGUGUGUGUGUGUGUGUGUGUGUGUGUGUGUGUGUGUGUGUGUGUGUGUGUGUGUGUGUGUGUGUGUGUGUGUGUGUGUGUGUGUGUGUGUGUGUGUGUGUGUGUGUGAGUUCUUGUAAGGAAAUUUUGGAUUUAUGCUGCAUUUUUACAGAUGUAAAAGAAUGUAAGUGUUGUGAUAUAAAUUAAGCAAAAGUAAAGAAAUCACUUUACAACAGAUUCUUCUAAUCUUUUCCUACCAGCAAAAACACAGAAUGUCAUAUAAAUCACUUUAUUAAGAGGAAGAACGUCUGAGGAUGUGAGAGAAUCACGCGUUUACGACGGCGGACAUCCGAACGUUUUAUUGAGACCUUUCUGCAGCCUCGGUGUGAAAUGUGUUAAAACUCUCAGCACAGCUGUGAAUGCUGACUGCUGAUGAAGAAAUUCAGUUAAAUGAAAAAGUUUUUGGUCUUUAGGAGCAGCGGUAGCAUCUCGUGUGCAGUAGAGCAGAUUUAUUCUGAAGGUUCCAGAAAAGCUUGAGAGAUCCGGUAAAAACCUCACCGACCAACAACAGAAAUCCUGUUCAUGCUGCUGUUUUCAUUCGGAAAGUCAGUCAGGAAAUCUUGAGAAAAAUAUCUGAUGAAUAAAAGUUAUUCAACAUUUUUGUGUUUUUUUACUAGACUUCUUUUCCAUCACGGAUUUUCCUGAUGCAACCUUUGUGACUGCACUUUCCUGUCAGCGUGGUUUUCCCAGUAAGGGACCAGAUUUCCUGAUUUUGGAAUCGCUUAAACAUACAAAUAUUUUCAGGUUUCCCCUCUCUCUGUCAGCAUUCUGCAGAGCUUGUGUUUACCGUAUGUGUCUUUUAUAAAAUAAAGAACUUGUUUUGACGUGUAAAACUUUGAUUUUAACUUUGACCCCUACCCGAGACGACUGGCUUUUAUUUAUUUAUUAUGCUGAAAUUAGGGAGGGGGGUUGAUCAUAAAUCAAUGAUCAGUAAAGGAUGUAAAGACUGGAAAAACUUUAUAAAUUUAUGAAAAAGAAGACAGAAUAUGAUUUCCCAGCAGUUAUUCCUCCAGUGACCUCCAUUCUGUAAAAUGCGUCGCUGUUUCUUUAAAUGUUUUGAUGCAGCCAUAAACUCUUCCAACUGGAAUCACGAGCUAAUAAAACUUUUUGUUCGUACGACAAAACGCAGAAAUUCAUAUUUUGUUUUUUCAUUUCCUUCCCCAUCAACACAGAUAUUCCUCUGAACCUGACCUGAUGUGUUUUAGUGUCAGACAAACACCGGGCUUUGGCCUCUUCCCCAUGCAUGAACACACACACACACACACACACACACACACACACACACACACACACACACACACACCCCUCUCAUCAGUUCACCCACAAUAAAACCUGCACUCUGCUCCACUGAUUUUGCCCUUUCAGCUCCACACCUGACAGACACACUCAACUAAAGGUUCUUUCUGCUUCAUUUUGAUCCAUCACCUGUGAAACUCUUACCUAAAGGAUGGUAUUGGAGUUUCCUUUUCUAGAGGUCUUCCUGGGCAUCCUGGGGUUCGGGUUGCUCAUGUUAUUCUGCACCAGCUUCUGCAGGUCGUGUAGUCGGAUACGAGAGGUGCAGAUAGAGAGGCAGGCACACCUGCGCAGGGAGCAGGGAAGUCAACUGAGGUCCAUCUAUUUCAUCCCUUUUCCUAGAAGUGUCUCACGGCAGGACAGUGAGGACCUGCAUGGUGUUGAGUUCCCAACACCCCCGCAGUAUGGCACCAACGCCUACUUUGACGCCCCACCUUCGUAUAAUGAGCUGGGAGUCAAACCGGAUGAUCUCCCCCCUCUUUACACUGAAAGUAACUUCUCUGAGUUUUCCACAACACUUCCUCCAACACACACAAGCACGGUUUCAUCACAGGAUUACCCAUAAGACUCACCUCUAUAAAGUACCUGUGUGGAUCAUGGACAACCCUAUGCUGCCCCACUGAGUUAUGUUUUAAAUGUUUUAAAGUUUUUCUUAUUAUUAUUGUUUCCUUAAAACUUCUGUCAAACUCAAUUAACUUAUUUAAAUUCAAUUUUUUUUUAUUAAAAUUCAGCAUCACAGACACUGAAUGCUACCCACAACGCAUCUCAACAAACAUCCACCAUUCUGCCAGUUGGUGCUAAUGAAGCAUAACAUUUAAAACUGAGGAUUAUUUUCAUAAAUUGGACAUAAAUAAAAUAUGGUGAUACGGUAUUGUGACAUUUGUCAUGAAGCGGUGUUUGGUUCAGGCCCAAACACAGGAGAGCAGGUACAGGAUGCAGACUGGCAGGUAAAAUGAACAGUUUUAUUUGAAAAAGGGCAGGUAGGAGGACACAACCACACACCGACUCUACUGCGCCAUUUUCAAGUAUACAUACUCCAAUGCAGGUACUCUGUUGCUCCUUGAAAAGUGGUCCUUUCUGGCUGGCCUAAUGAAAUAUCGUGGAAGUUCAGUAAAACUGCCUGGAAGUUCUGAUAGUGGAAACUGGCCUCAUGUUUAUAGUGGCAGCUGGGAUUGUUGUGAUCCUCAUAUGUUGACUGCGACCAGUGUUUGCACCUCCAACUAUGUGGUGUUGAUCUGGCGGUUAUGGUUACACAGCUCUAAACAUGACGGGUUGUAAACAGCAGGUUAUUAAAGUGACUUGUGACUGGUAAAAUAUUUCCCUCAUUUCAUCACAAGGUUUAAUUUAUUUAGAUAUUUCUGGUUUUGUCUCUCUGGAAAUCCCAUUCUGCAAAAUGUGUCUUACAUUGUUUUAGUUUGAAAUAAAAAUAUGCCCUCGUUCUCACUGAUUUACGUGAACUGAACUGAAAACAGAUUCUGUGCAAUAUUUUUAGAAUUCCUAGCUUGUAUUGACCCUUUGCACCGACGUCACCUCACAUGGGUCCACCAUGGUGGACGGCAAAAGCGUGUAAACAGUGAGCGACACGAGUAUUAAACAAAGGGAAAAGUAGAGCCUGAAAUUGUUUUUGCGAUCAAAACAAAAACAAAACUCCUCCAGCAUUCCUUCCACUAGUUCAUGCCCAGUUCAGUUAUCAGAAGAAGUAGCGCAUCUAGCGGGGCUCAUAGAGAGCGGUAUGCUAACUAGCUUACCAGCGUUAGCUUACGUUCUCUUUGCAGCUGUUCACCGAUGUAAACAUUUAGCUGACUUUGCCUAAGUUCACCCCCCUGGAUUUAUAACUUUAUGUUAUAAACAGCGUUUCACUUUACACCAAAGCUGAUUUUUAAAAAGUCGGGAUACCUACCAGCUUCUGUUGCUGGUGGUGUUACCGGGUUCAGCUGCUGCUCUCACACCGGAAUGAGAAGAUCUCUGAACGCCGACGACGCUCAUAUAAAUAAAUAACGUCAUUUUAACACACGUAAUCAUACAUCGGAGCUUUAAUAUUGUUAAUAAUUGUGAGGCACAGUGGAUUAGAAAAAGGCGUUUUUAGCCCCGUUGACUUGCAUUCAUUUUUUCGUUCUUCCGGGUACACAAGAGGGCGGCCGAAAAGGGAGGAGACUAAGGCUCCCUAUGUAGCAUGACACUGAUAAACUGAGAGUGACAUAAUUUGGUGUCACUCUCAUUUGUGUGUGUUUUAUCGUGGGUCUCAUUUUAAAUAUUCUUUUUUUCUCUCUCUUCUUUUCGGGGUAAAACGACAAAAAGGACAAAUACAAAAUGUACCCACUUCUGACAAUCUAAACAUAUAAUCAUCUACAACUUCAGCCUCAUGUGUCUUCUGAGCACUUUUAAAACAACGGAAGGGUGAAACUCUAAAUAAAAUGUGCAGAACCAAAAACAUUGCACUUUAAGUAGCUGAUCUACUUAAAGUCUCUGAGAAUAUCAGAAAAUAAGGGAAGAAAAAAAAUCCCAUCCAUGCUUUUGUGUUUUAGAUUUGGUGUUCUCAGUUCCUCAGAGAACUUCCUGAUCUGCACAGGACCUUAAAGUUCAAGUCACCAUAGAUACGUAUAUAAACACUAGAUGCCUCGUCCCUGUUGUUCGCCAAUGGAAGUAGGAACAUGGCGGCAGAGGCGGAUUUAGCAAUUUGGGGGCCCAAGGCGAACACAGACAUGGGGCCCCUUACACUAAAUUUUCGACAAUCUUAUCUUUAACUGGAUUUGCGAAACUCUCCCCUUUUCUGACACGAGUUAUUUUCCCUUUUUAUUAGUCCUCCUCUUUUUUCCUUUAUUUCCCUCCUUUUGAGCGCUUUCAAUAUUUGCUCUGCUUUCUUUUUCCUGUCAGCGCUCCUGUGCUUUUGCCUUUGUUAUUUUUUUUUUAUUUUCCAUUUUUUGUCUAUGUUUUCCUCCCUUUAAACAUUUUCCAUUGUCUUUCCUUUCAGCUUCCUUAUGAUGUUUACAUCGAAAAAUGACGUCACUUUCAGAAGCGAAAAUAAAAGCUUUUUUAAAGCCAGCUGCUUCUUUCUCUUAUUGGAGCCACUAGGAUAACUCCAUUUAUGCUUCAUGUUUUGACUAUCGCUUUGAGUUUGUUACGAACGCUCCCGCCUCUCUUCUUCUUAUUUGUGGUCUUAUGGCAUUUGGCAAACAACAAUUUGGUGCAUUACCGCCAACAACUGGAUUGGAGUGGAAUGGCUACCAAUCACUUCCUGUUUGUGCAUCAGCAUCUUAAUGACCCUCUUAUGACCAUAAUUAUAACAGGGCCGCCUGAUAUUUUUUUAAUCUUAUGGCUGUAAAAUUGUAAUAAAAAGUGCAAAGUGUGUGAA